AUGCACCCGACCUUGCUCUGGAAUCCAGUGCGCUGAUAUCUCAAAAUUGACUGCGACGAGGUCUUUACAUUGUUUCUUGAUUGGACGACUAUUGGGAAAAGGAAAACAUGGUCGCGUCUAGAUGGUCCGCACAAAAGCCCCGCCUCAAUACAUCCUUGCGCCUAUAACGCUCUAUUAAGCUGAGCUCAUGAGGGAUGGUUGUAAAUGCCAACUACGGCGUGAAAUCGAGAUGCAAAUGCACCUUCGCCACCCUAACGUCCUACGCCUUCAUGGCUAUUUCCGUGACUCCCAACGUGUUUUUCUCAUGCUAGAAUUUGCUGGUCAGGGGGAGCUUUAUUGCCAACUCAUCAAAAAACGUUGUUUUUCUCCCCGUAAAUCCGCAUUGUUUACCAGAUGGCCGAUGCGCUUUCCUAUCUCCAUGGAAAACAAGUCAUUCAUCGCGAUAUCAGACCGGAAAACCUACUUCUCUCACUCAAUGGGAAGCUCAAGAUGGCUGAUUUUGGUUGGAGUGUGCAUGCACUAGGGGACCGCAGGAAAACGCUAUGUGGAACGCCAGACUACUUGCCCCCUGAGAUGGUUCUCAGGAAAGAACAUGGGAAAUGGGUAGAUCAUUGGGCCCUGAGUGUUAAUGUACGAAUUCUUGAACAGAAGUCCGCCGUUCGAGGACAAAAAUCGACAGAGUAGGUGCGUACUAUAUAACUGUGACAUCAAACUAUUUGCAAUUUGUCAGGCUCCAUGCGUAGGAUUGCCCGAGUUGAAUCCAAGUUUCCUGACGGGUUUUCGGCGGAUGCUAAGGAUUUCAUAGGAAAAGUUUGCUAGUCUGUUUGUCAUGAUGGCUUCGGCCGUUCUCACUCUGUUCUCGGCUCCUCCGUUUCGAACCGCACGAACGUCUUCCUCUAGCUAGUAAAGUCAAGAUUCAAUGGGUGGUGAAGAAUUGUGAGGUUGCUGCGAGGGAGUCGAAAUCAUGAUUCGUCUUUAGUUGGAUGUUGGACUUUCACUGGUUUUACGUUCAUUAUGUUUCUAUCCUGGCGGCUAUCUACAUUAAUCUAUAUCCUAUCCUAUCCUAUCCUAGCAUGUACAUAGACAAUGUACUAUAAAUUA